UGGCUGCCAGCCCAAAAUAACGACGCCAGCCUUUAAUCCAAAUCAGUAGCAAAGCACAGCAGCUACCGAAUCGAUCAGGGUUGUGAUUUUGAAUUACAUACGGCAAAGAUGAUUCUCUCAAGAAUCCCAACGGUGUCGGUGCUGGUGGUAUUACUUGCAGCGUUCAGCAAUGGGGCGCCACAGUUUCGGGAAGUGGAAAACUCACCGGAAAAUAUUGCCCGCUUACAGAACCUGAAGCCCGAAGAGCUCGCGGAAGAGCUGAGUGGUCAGUUCGAAGGGGACAUGAUCCUCACCGAACAGCAGUUCUUGGAUAUGUUUCGUCGAAAUGGAAUGCUCUCCGAAAGUUACCGGUGGCCUUUGAACACCGUAUUCUACGAAAUCGAGGAACGGUGGUUCACCAGGGAACAAGUCCGCUACAUCUACAGGGGUAUGAGGUUAAUUGAACGGGCCACUUGUAUACGAUUCCAGCCACGUGACCCCGAAAAUCCCGACUACAUUCGAAUCCAUGGGCAAGGAUCGGGAUGUUCCGCCAAUGUGGGGUACGUCGGAGGGCGUCAAAGCAUCAACCUGCAACCGUAUCCGAUAGGCACCGGGUGCUUCCGGAUUGGGACAAUCGUACACGAAAUGAUUCACGGACUGGGCUUCAUGCACAUGCAGAGCACGUACAAUCGGGACGAAUACGUCGAAAUUGUUUGGGAUAAUAUUGAACCCGGGACGGAGAACAAUUUCCGCAAGUACGAAUCGGACAGAGUGAGCAACUUCGGUACGGAUUACGACUACGGAAGCGUGAUGCACUACAGUGCAACGGCGUUCAGCAUCAAUGGAGAAAAGACUAUUGUGGCACUACAGGACACUGAUGAUGUAAUGGGUCAACGUCUAGCAAUGAGCGAACGGGAUAUUUUGAAAAUCAACAGAAUGUAUAACUGUUUUCCGGAAAAUUAAAGCAUAGAAUAAAGUUAAUCAGACAUAAAUGACAAAGCAUAA